CCAGUCCCCCAGCUCUGUACACAGCAAAGCCAUCCUAAAUGAAUGAAGGCUGACGUUGCCUCAUAGUUGUUCGAGGACGGAAAUAAAACAAGUGGGAGGAGACGAAGGCCACCAGCUCCUACUACGCCUGAAACGGAGAACCGACAGUUUGGAUCCAAAAUGACAGACUCCAAGUAUUUCACCACCACCAAGAAAGGGGAGAUUUUUGAGCUCAAGGCGGAGCUGAACAGUGAUAAGAAAGAGAAGAAGAAGGAGGCUGUGAAAAAGGUCAUUGCAUCGAUGACUGUGGGGAAGGAUGUCAGUGCUCUGUUUCCAGAUGUGGUGAACUGCAUGCAGACUGACAACCUAGAGCUGAAAAAGCUGGUCUACCUCUAUCUAAUGAACUAUGCCAAAAGUCAACCAGACAUGGCUAUCAUGGCUGUUAACACCUUUGUGAAGGACUGUGAAGACCCCAACCCACUCAUCCGUGCCCUCGCCGUUCGAACCAUGGGCUGCAUUCGUGUGGAUAAGAUCACUGAGUACCUAUGUGAGCCGCUGAGAAAAUGUCUGAAGGACGAAGACCCCUAUGUGAGGAAGACUGCUGCAGUGUGUGUGGCAAAGCUGCAUGAUAUCAACGCCCAACUAGUGGAGGACCAAGGCUUUUUGGACACGCUAAAAGAUCUCAUUUCAGACUCCAACCCCAUGGUCGUAGCAAAUGCGGUGGCAGCGCUGUCUGAAAUUGCAGAGUCACAUCCCAACAGCAACCUGCUGGACCUAAACCCUCAAACUAUAAACAAGCUGCUGACGGCUCUUAAUGAAUGCACAGAGUGGGGACAGAUAUUUAUUCUAGAUUGUCUGGCAAAUUACACACCACGGGAUGAUCGUGAGUCCCAAAGCAUCUGUGAGCGCGUUACCCCACGGCUCUCUCAUGCCAACUCAGCGGUGGUUUUGUCAGCAGUUAAAGUUUUAAUGAAGUUCAUGGAAAUGCUCCCAAAAGACCUCGACUAUUAUGGCACUUUGCUGAAGAAGCUUGCCCCCCCUCUGGUCACGCUGCUGUCUGCUGAGCCUGAGCUGCAGUAUGUUGCACUUAGAAACAUCAACCUUAUUGUGCAAAGAAGACCAGAAAUCCUGAAACAUGAAAUGAAGGUUUUCUUUGUCAAGUACAAUGACCCAAUCUAUGUCAAAUUGGAGAAAUUGGACAUAAUGAUUCGCCUUGCAUCUCAGGCCAACAUUGCUCAGGUGCUGGCGGAGCUGAAGGAGUAUGCCACUGAGGUAGAUGUGGACUUUGUGCGUAAAGCAGUCAGGGCCAUCGGCCGCUGUGCCAUCAAAGUGGAGCAAUCAGCAGAGCGCUGUGUCAGCACACUGCUGGAUCUCAUACAGACCAAGGUCAAUUAUGUGGUUCAGGAGGCCAUAGUUGUCAUCAAGGACAUCUUCCGCAAGUACCCCAACAAGUAUGAGAGCGUGAUUGCCACUCUGUGUGAGAAUCUUGAUUCCUUGGAUGAGCCAGAGGCACGCGCCGCCAUGAUCUGGAUUGUGGGAGAGUACGCUGAGCGCAUUGACAAUGCUGAUGAGCUUCUCGAAAGCUUUCUGGAAGGUUUCCAUGAUGAAAGCACUCAGGUGCAGCUGCAGCUACUGACUGCAAUUGUCAAGUUGUUCCUAAAGAAACCCACAGAGACCCAGGAGUUGGUGCAGCAGGUUCUCAGCCUGGCCACACAGGAUUCUGAUAACCCAGACCUCAGGGACAGAGGCUACAUCUAUUGGCGUCUGCUCUCUACAGACCCUGUUGCUGCCAAGGAGGUGGUUCUGGCUGAGAAGCCUCUGAUCUCUGAGGAGACCGAUCUGAUUGAGCCGACUCUGCUGGAGGAGCUAAUCUGCCACAUUGGCACUCUGGCUUCCGUCUACCACAAGCCUCCCAGUGCCUUCGUAGAGGGCAGCCGUGGAGUUCAGCACAAGAGACUCCCAGGCAGUGCUGGAUCUGGAGAGAGUGUUGAGAGCCCAGACACAGGAUCUGCAGCUGGAGUUCCAGAUGCCCCCCCUGCUGUUAUCCCAUCUCAGGGAGACCUCCUGGGUGAUCUACUCAAUCUUGAUCUGACACCUCCAGCCACCAGUGGACCGCCACCACCAGCCACGUCUGGCCUGCAGCUGGGUGCCAUGGACCUUCUUGGAGGAGGACUGGACAGCCUGAUGGGGGAUGAGUCUGAGCCGCUUGGAGGAGACCUUGGAGGAGGCUCUGCUAUGGGAGCCGGUUUUGGUGCCCCUCCAGCUGCUACUGCAGCCCCAUUCAGUGCCCCUGUAAGCGGGGGACUGGAUGACCUGUUUGAUCUUGGAGGUGGAGUCGGUAUGCCCAUGGGAGCCUACAGCCCACCUAAAACAGUUUGGCUGCCAGCUAUGAAAGGCAAGGGGCUCGAAAUAUCUGGCACCUUUGCUCGCCGUGGUGGCGUCAUCCAAAUGGAGAUGACUCUCACCAAUAAAGCGAUGAGUGUCAUGACUGAUUUUGCCAUCCAGUUUAACAGGAACAGUUUUGGUCUUGCUCCAGCUGGUCCUCUCCAGGUCCUGACCCCCCUAAGCCCCAAUCAGAGCAUUGAAGUGAGCCUUCCUCUCAGUACCGUCGGCCCUGUAAUGAAGAUGGAUCCCCUCAACAAUCUGCAGGUGGCUGUUAAGAACAACAUUGACGUGUUUUACUUCAGCUGCCAGUACCCCAUCAGCAUGCUGUUUGUUGAGGAUGGGAAGAUGGAGAGACAAGUUUUCCUCGCCACAUGGAAAGACAUUCCUAAUGACAACGAGGCCCAGUUUCAGAUUAAAGAUUGCCAUCUCAGCUCGGAUGCAGCCUCCAGCAAACUUCAGGGUAGCAACAUCUUCACCAUAGCUAAGCGUACAGUGGACGGCCAGGACAUGCUGUAUCAGUCUGUAAAGCUCAGCAACGGAAUCUGGGUUCUGGCUGAGCUGAGAGUGCAGACGGGAAACCCGAUUUUCACAGUGUGUCUGAAGUGCAGGGCUCCAGAGGUUUCUCAGUGCGUGUUCCAGAGCUACGAGGCGGUGCUGAAGAACUGAUCCAAAAAGCCGAGCACCCGGUCAGCAGCUGCUUCACCAACACCGCAGCACCUUCUGCUCUCCCUUCACCGGCGUCCCAACCAACUCAUACAGUCCUUAUCUAAAAGGCUGCACCGUCUGCUCCUUUAUUGAGGCACUUUUAGUUUCUGAAAAGACAGCAUUGAUUUGAGCUACUCAAUCUUUAUUCACUUUUUAGCUUCAGGGUUUUGUCUUUAGCAAAAUUAUUAGAACAUCUCUUGUCUGCUUUGCUUUUCUUUCAAAACGACCCGUAUUCAUUAGGGGCCAGAUGGUGACCUGACUUCUGUCCUUCUAACUUCCACAGCAUGUGGCUCUACAAUCAUUUUCUAUCCCCACUUCUCUGCAAACUUCACUCUAUUUUUAGCGCCUGCAAUCAGCAGGUGAACCAUCAGAUUCAGCAUAUUUAUUAGGGGGUGCAUUUAGGUUGUGGUGCUGGUGAAAGAGGCAAGUGUCAGGUGGACACAUAAAUACUUAAACUACACUAUAGUGAUUUUAUAAAGCUUUCUUUAGUGUCUGUGUGGAGCAGUGGAUUUGGAUCUACUACCCCUAAAAGCAGAAUGUCUGUCUGACGUGUGCAUAGAAAUCUGUGUGUUUUUUCUUAAAUUUUUACAUCAAUAUCUUGACAUUUAUAGAGUAGCAGCAGGUGUCAGCCCAUUGCUCUCAUGCUUCGUCAUUCCAUGCUUUAUUUUGUGUUUUGUAUUCUUGCUGUCGGUCUCCGUGAAGCAGACUGGAAGAGAGCCUCUGGGUCCUUUUUUUUUUGUGUCCUGUCUGUUCCUGCGUCAGCAACGGCCUCUCGGGCUCUCUGCCACUCUGCUCCUCUUCCUCUGAAUCCUCGCUGCAGCUCUCCACCGAAGAUGAAGGCCCAGGUGACACAAACUGAUGUCAUCUGUUACAGAUAAGAGCAUACAUGUAGGUAGAACACAGUCUCACCUGAAGGGGGGCUCAUUUGUUUUCCGGGUCGUCACACUGAAGCCCUUUGUCUCAGUGGCAUAAUUGCACCUUCUCUACUUGGUGAAAGGCUGUGUAUUCUUUGUGUGCAGUGACAGAUGAUUACGAUGACAUGCUGCGUUAAUUAAUCAGAUGUUUAAUCAGAUGUUUUUUGAUUUACUUAAUUUUGCUGUAUGUGUUCAUCUAAAAAGACACACAAAAAAAACAAUUAAAAGUCCUG